AUGGAGAACAAAGACUCGACCCCUCCCAAGGCCCGGAACAUCUCGCUCCAGAGACGCUGGGCGCACGAAUACGCUCUGACCCAGCCGGGCUACGAUGACCUCCCUUGCCCAACUACCAAUGACGGGGCCACUCUGAUCACCCAGCCUGGCACCCCGCUGCCGCAGAAAAUCUACCCGUGCCCGGAACCGAGCGAUGAGCGAUCUCGACGCGACCCGUUUACCCCCGCGUCCACACCCCAGUCGAUUAUAGACGGCAUGGACAGACAGAUUUUCAGCCUGAGAGUCCGGCUGGCGCUGACAAACUUGAUCCUCCAGACCGAGGGCUACGAGCGAGAUCAAUGCAUGUGCAUACUCUACAACGUGCUGACUGACGAUGAGCUCAACGAAUUGAUAAGGGCGCUCGAGUGCCUAGGGCUCGGGGACCUGGCGCGCGGAAGGCCCGUCCAAGCGGACGCGGGAAUCUCCCAAGAGGAAACGGGAAUCUCCCACGAGGACGGGGCAAUCUACCACGAGGAUGGGAAAAUGCCCGAUGGGGUGGUGGAACUCACCGACGCGGAUGGGGCCUCUGCCAUGGCAGGCGUCCGGACCAUCAGGCACACUGAUUUCUGGGUGCCCGUGCAGAUGGCCGGCCAGAAGCGCAAGGCGCCUUCUCUGCUCGAGGACCCCCUUGACGCGGAGCAGCCUGAUGAAGAGAUCAGCUACGAGGACAAGUUUGAGCCGUUUACUUUUGAUGCUGUUCUCGGGGACUGGGACAUCUCUGAGUAG